AUGCCAGACGAGCCCAAGAGGGUGGCCCACUACCCGCUCGAUAUACCCCUUCCUUUUGAGCGCUACGAACACCGACGUCUCGGCGCUAGAGACAUCAUGGUGAAUCGCAUCAUGACCGACUUCAUGAACCCAUCCCGGGUCAAAGGUCGCAUCUACGACGAGUCCAUAGCAUACCGCUCUGACCGAGAGUUUACCCUGAUCAGGGCCGAGGAUGACGAGCUAGGCCUGGACCUGCAAGUGCUCCGGAGGAUGCUCUUCACAUCCCACGCCCAUCAUCCGAAGUUUCCCGACAAGCCUGUCGUGUCGUACAUCUGGUGUCCUGACCACAUGUCCAUUCACGCUGUGUUCGGAGGACAGAGCAUCACCCCGCCCUCGUUUGGAGACCAGAUCCUCGAUCUUGUGCAGCGUUAUUACUUCGAAACGGACGACUCGGCCGUUCGGCUGUGGAUAGAGAGGGUACGACCGCCGAGGUUGACCGCCGGGCCAAGUCAGUCCGUCUCCAAUCCGCGCAACCCUCGUUCACGCAGGCGCGUAGUUGGGGAAUUCAAUGAGCUGGUAAAACAGCAACGGUCGAGAGAAACAAAGCAGUGGUGGGUCGAGCACAUCGAGCAUUUGCGGAGCUUCCGAGGCCAGGUUUCAAUACAGGAUGAGUAUCCCCUGUACGACGGUGGCUCGUUUCUCCCCACCCUCCGACAGCCCAUGUAUCGCGAGUCCAACGGGGAACACGGAUCACGCUCGAGUUGGAAGGGCUCUCACUGGGCGCUAUCAUCAGGCCGGCCAUCCUGUCUUACUCAGCCCUCGCCGACGUUGGAGAGGAGCCCCUUCAUGCGGUUCAUCCUCCAAGCCAACCGGGCCGAUUCGAUAGUUGGCUCGUUGCGCCCUUGCAAAAAGACACGGCUGGCCCUCGACCUCAACACGGGCAGGGGAAUGAAGGGCAAUAGUAUCUGGGCGACAGCGUCAAGCGGCAAAACGAACGGGUGCACGACCCAUUGGGACGAGCAGCCAAGGGGGCGAUCUGUCCAGCGGCACCGGCGCGCAACAAGUGAACCUCCUCCUGGAUCGUUCGCCAUUGCUAAUUUGCCGUCUGUGGGCAAUAACUAUGCAUUGGUUAAAUCGCUGCAGGUGAUAUUCCCGCGCAUGAAGCUGUCGCAGCUGGACCGGCGGUCUAGACGGCGGAGCCUUAGCCGGACGCGGGUGGCCGAGAUGUUCGACUGGGACCUGGACUUGGACGAAGCGAAGCCGGCCACACCGGAAUCAAGGGGCGCGACCAAGGCGGACCGCCAGAAUGCGAAAGAACAAGAUAAUAAUAAUAAUAAUAACCCUACACCAGAUGCUCCAGUCUCCUCCCGGCGGAAGCCCAAAAUCCCCAGGCCAUGCGACAACUGCGGGGAGACAUCCCACACAAUACGGACAUGCACCGCACCCUGCGGUCACUGCGGCGCACCGAACCCCAGGAACAUCCGUCCCCGCUCUCCGACUCUCCGCUUCAUAGGCUACUCAUCCGGUUCCGGCUCCUCUUCAGAAGACGACGACAGCGACAACAACAACAACAACAACAACCACGCCAGAAAACCCCCCACCGGCCGACCACCCAAGGGCACACGCCGGCACAACAACCCGCACCUAGCGCCCUCGUGCCCCCUCCCGCGCGCCUCGCGCUGCAAGUGCGUCCCAUUCCCGACCUUCCACGCGUCCUCCCGGUGCGCCGUCUCCUGCUCCCGGGCCUGCGGCGGCAACGGCCCCCCGGGCUCCUUCGGCCACCGCAACGCCAUGACCUGCCGCUCGCGCUGCUGCAUGUGCGGCAUCCGGGGGUCGCACUCGGGCCGCGAGUGCCGCCUCCGCGCGUGCCGCUGCGGCGGCGCCCACCUCGGCCAGGACUGCCGCUGGCUCGUUGACUGCCCGGCCGAGGGGUGCGACCGAUUCCUCUGCGGCGUGCACUGCGGGCGGUGCGGGGGUAAGGGGCCGUUUGUUGGGAGGAGGUGCGCUGCUUGUAGGGGGGAGGAGGUCGUCGGCGAGGGGGUGGGAGGGGAGGGUAAGGGGGGGAGGAGGCGGGGGAGGAGGGGGAAGGCGAAGGAGGAUGCUGAGUCGGGAGAGAAGAUGGCUGGGCAGACUGCUGUUACGGAGGACGGCGGCGGAGUGAAGGAGAGUUGCGGAGUAAAGGAGGAUUCAGGUUACAAGUCACUGUUCGGGCCGUAA